AUGCAGUCCAUGCACAGACAGUUCGGGAAGUUGAUGAAGAGGUCGGCGGACGAAAGCCAGGUUUCGGUGCUUCUGAAGGACUUUGAUAAUGCGGAUAAACUUUUGACAAAGAUUAUAGAGUCGACGAAAGCCUGGCGCGAUGCAUGGGUAUCAAUCUUGACGUAUCAAGGACGCCUAGUUCAAGAAUUCGAGACCGUCUAUGCGCCGAUCGUCGGCUCCUCAGAAGCGACCAGAAAUCCGCCGGUAGAAACACCAAUGGUAACCCUGGAAAGGGUUAAUCGCCUGAACCAAGACUUCGAGUCACUUCGAACGGAUUUGCUGGUUGAUGUGAAUGGUGUUGAGGAUCGCAUGAUCCGUCCGCUCCAGCAGGCGAAAGAUAUGCUGAGUCCAUUGAAGAAAACCAUUAAGAAGCGAGAAGAUAAAAAGCUGGAUUACGAGCACUUUCAAAGCAGAGUCGAUAGCUCAAUGAAAAAAGCCAAGCGAUCUGAUCGUGACAAUGCGAUUCUAGCCAAAGCGGAGGUUGAUUUGGCGAAGGCCAAGGAGGAAUACAACAAUGCAGAUGAGAACUUGCGACAACAUCUGCCACCGCUCAUCACCGCUGUAUUCUCUCUGUUACCGUACUUUCUAGCAUCGCAAAUCGAGCUUCAAAACUCCUUGCUCGGCCACUACUAUACCGUUCUCCAUACAUACGCCCAGGAAGAGAAGUUCCAGUCACCGCCACCACCAAUGGAGGAUGUUAUCCAGGUUUGGAAGUCUGACUUUCUACCUAUCCAGCAAGAGAUUGAGAGCUUUGCUACCAUAGCGAACGGCAAAGCCGUUCGUGGUGAACACGAUCGCAACAACGGAAGCCAAUCGAACGGUAUCGGUUUACGACGUCCGAGCUGGAAUCGUCAGGUAUCCGGUCCAUCGCCUGGCCGCAAUCUUGCUCCUCCGGCUCCAAAUCUUGGGACGAAACCUCGAAUUGGCGAAACAUUAGCGACGUCUCCGUCGGCUACUUCGUAUCUCAGUGUAAAGCCCCCGUCGCCGGCAGCCAGUGCGUCCGAUUAUGCAUCCGAACAUUACAGUAAUCCCACAACUCCAGGCCAAGCAUCGACAAGUUCUCGAGGUGACUACUUCAGCCGGGGCAGACAGCCAUCCUCAACUUCAACAACCGCCGGAUCUGGGUUGAGCGCGAUAGGAAAGAAGAAGCCUCCUCCACCACCUCCCCCUCGUGCAAAAUCAGCAAACCAGGCCAUUUAUGUCACAGCUCUGUACGACUUUGGCGGCCAGGGCGAAGGAGACUUGGUGUUUAGGGAAGGUGAUCGAAUCCGGGUCAUAAAGAAGACUGAUAGCACAGAUGAUUGGUGGGAAGGUGAAUUACGUGGUGUCAAGGGUAGUUUCCCAGCAAAUUACUGUCGAUAA